UCCCACUACAAUACGCGUGGGCUGAAAUUCCGUUGCCCGUUCCUGUCUGAAGAAGAUCUCACAAAUAUAAUCAUCAUCCUCUUCAUUAUGCCUACAAUCAUUAUUCUUGGUUGCCUCACACGCAUGCCUUCUCCUCUCUCUCUUCUCUCUCUCUCUCUUCUCUCUAUAAAGCUCUCACUCUCUUCCCUCCCAUGCACACUUCUUACGUGUAUACCAUCCCCACAUUCUAUCUCCAUACACCCUCCUACUACACAAACUCAUUUCCAAUCUCAACCAUCCAUCCAUGGCCAUCUCCGGUUUCGAAGGCUUCGAAAAACGCCUCGAACUCCAUUUCUACGGCGACGAUCCGAUGGGUCUCCGCCGCAUCGAUUUCGUCUCCAUACGACAAAUCCUCGACGCCGUCCAAUGCAGCGUCGUCUCCGCCGUAGGCAACCGUUGCUUCGACGCUUACGUCUUAUCAGAAUCCAGCCUCUUCAUCUACCCCACAAAGAUCAUAAUCAAAACAUGUGGGACUACCCAACUACUUAAAUCCAUCCCUUCUCUACUCUCCCAUGCUUUUCAGCUGGGCCUUGGAUUGUGUGGCUGUAGAUAUACUAGAGGCAGCUUCAUCUUCCCAAAAGCACAACCAUUCCCUCAUACAAGCUUUAGAGAGGAAGUUCUGUAUUUGGAAGAGUACUUGCCUAGUAGUCUUUGUUAUAAGAAAGUCUGCAUUCUCCCUUCAAAAGCUUGCCAUUCAUGGCAUGUUUAUACAGCUAGUGAUCAUCAUCACAUGGUGGACCACCUCCCCAACAUCUUCACCAUGGAAGUUUGCAUGACUCAGCUUGAUGGAGUCCUCGCUCGCCGCUUCUUCCGCCGCCGUGGAGAUGGGAAUUCAGGUGAUGUUGCUGGGAAAGAGAUGACUGCUUUAACGGGUAUCGGAGAUAUAAACCCGACUGCGCUCGUGUGUGAUUAUGCAUUCGACCCGUGUGGUUAUUCGAUGAAUGGGAUUGAUGGGGCCCACUAUUCAACGAUACAUGUUACACCCGAGGAUGGGUAUAGCUACGCGAGUUUUGAGUGUGUGGUGUCGGUGGAUAGUGAUGUGAUGGAGGCGUUGAAGAAGGUGGCGCGUGUUUUCCGGCCGGGGACUAUGUCGGUGUCGAUGUGUAUGGGGCAGAAUGCUGGUGUUGCUGACGUGUGUUCGAGGGUGGCGGGAGCGCUUAAGCCGCUUGGGUUGGAAAUUCGGAGCCGGAGGGUGGAAGAGUUUCCGGCUGCGGCUGGAAUUGUUACGUUUCAGACGUUUACAGCUCGCCGGAAGUAGUGGAGGAGUAUGGGAUAAAGGUAGGGAUGAGGUACACGUUAUGUUUUUGUUUUUUUUUUUUUUUUUUGUUUGGUGGGGGAUGUUGUAAUUGCAACUUGCAAUCCAAACACCUAACAUGAAAAAAAAAGAAAAGAAAAAAAAAAGAUGGGGGCCAUAGGUAUGUUUGUCAGGGAGAGAUGAAAGUAGUUGAAGGAAAUUUUGGGUGAGAUGAGGAUGAUGUGGAGAUGAUAAUGGAUGGUUAUGAUGAUGUUGGUUGAAACGAGGAUGGAUGGGAUUGGAUGUAUCCAUGGGUGGGGAUUAUUAUGAUGGUGUACCCCACUUUGGUGUGUCACGCCUGAUUUUUGAGGAAUGUCUCUAGUGGGGAAUUGAGGAUGUUGGAGGGUUGUUUUGCUUCCUUCCUUUUUUAUUUUUUUCUUUUUUUUAAAAAAAAAGCAAAAGUACACUUUUUUCUCAUUUAUAUAUUUUUUACAUGUGGUAUCCUUAGCUCAAUCCAAACCGUCUAAAUAUCUGGGCUUAUUUUGGAUGGAGCUUGGAUGUUUUUUUUUUUUUUUUUUUGAAAUUUCAUCGUGCGAUUCUAUUCGUUGAAUGGGUGUUCGCUAAAUGGAUGGUUGAAAGCAUGUAAUGGUUGUUCAGAUUGAAUGAGGGAAAGUUGAUGGUUGGAUCAUUAAAUCUUUUUAUUUAAUUUUA